CAGGGCAGAUGUGAGACAAGCAGACAAUGGCCAAACGCAGGAAGCAGAGGAAACCACUCCCAAAGAAACUUCCCAUGGAUAUUGUGGUCGCAGAUGUGGCAGAAGAUGUAGAGGAGGUCACUGCAGCAAGCAUGGUCCCCUUCGACACACCGCCGGAGACUCCUGUGGUUUAUCUCCCGGAAGAGGCUACUGAGGCACUGCAUGCCUCCGAUGUGUCCGUGACCCACCCGCUGCUGACCACUACAGAGGCUGAAUUCAGUACCUGCACAGGGACCUCAUUUCACAGGUACGAGGCGAGUGACGGGAGCAGCGACAGUGAUGUAGCGGUGGUGAUACCGCAGCGGGCAAAACGCCGGCGGAUGCUUCCAGGAACCGUUCCCAUCGCACCCACAGUGUACUCAAACAAGGUGAACAGUUCUCUGAAGCUGCUCUCUGAUCGCCCCAGUACCUUGGAUGAGAUGGAGAAAGAGCUGCAGAUGAAGCAGGGCUGCGAUGACCUAGAGAAUGAAGCCAUUGCAGAACCACAGGCCGCAACAGUGAAAUUACCGAUGUACGAUCUGUCUGACUCGGACGCGGAGAAUGAGAAAUCGGAUGUCCCGUGUCAGAGGAUCCGUGACUCCUCACCUUCGCCACCCCCCACCCCGAAGACGCCAGUAAGGAAAGGUCGGAAGAACAAGCAGAUAAGGGAGAUGGAGGCUAGUCUAAAGGAUUUGGGCACCGUCCUGUCCCCGGUACACAACUCCAUCAGCGAUGACAAUGACGUGAUCAUGGUCGGGAGCAGUCCAGCGCCAGAACUGACCAUAAAAGUACGCCGGAGGGGGCAAAUCUUCCGCAUAAACAUCCGGAUGAUGGAACCCUUGCAGAGUCUGGUGGAUUCUAUGGCAUCUCGGCUAGAGGUUGACUCAUCACAGAUACUAUUGAUGCAGGGGGACAGGGAACUUGAUACAAAGGACACCCCAAAAGCCCUAAACCUUUCCGUGGCUGACAUUAUUGAGUGUGUAGUCCUCUCUGCCUCAAGGGAGCAGGGAUCUGGUGAUGAAGAGGAUGAUAAAAUUUGUCUCAAGAUCCAGGGCAAGGACAGGGAGUCCCACCUCAGUGUCACCAUCAGGAAGAAUGAACCACUGCAGUCCCUGAUGGAUCAGUACAGAACCGCCAUGGGCCUUACCAAGAAGGUGUGCUUCAUGUUCGAAGGGAAGAAGCUGAAAGGGAGGAGUACGGCCGAGGAGCUUGGCCUGGAAGGUGAUGACAUCAUAGAGGCGUGGGUAUGAGCAGAUUGGCGUUGACUGAACGUGAAGCUGGAAUAAGAAUUGGUAGUCUCCAGACUUUCUGGCUGAUUUUAAGACCACCAGCUUCAGCCGGCUCUCUAGGACACACCGAGCGUUGGACAGUUGUCUUCCAUGGAUGACUCGGAACCAUUAAUGUGCAAAUUAGAGUUGGAGACUAUUUAUUUUUCUUUUCUUUUUUUUUUCUUUUUAGCAGACACAAUUUGAUUUUAGAACUUUAAAUUUCUUCUGAUCAAUUGUCUGCAAUAACAGGGUAUCAGACUACUAAUGCGCCGCAUCAAUUCUUAGAUGGUUUGAUGGUUGCACCCUCAGAUGUCCUAAGAUUUAUGUUUUUAAGCUCAUCAGAUGUGUAAAUACAUAAGUUACCCUGUUAAGCCAAAGCAGCCAUUUAAAAACCGGACACCCACAAAAUACACUGCAACAAGUGGCGACACAGGCCCGUGUAACUGUGCAAGCGUGUUACCUAUACUGCGUACUAAAUGACUGAUGGACAACCCUCGCAGAAGAAGACGAGAAAUUAUCUGGACAUCCCAGUGAAUACUUCUGAUUGCCCUUAGGUAAGCUCCGGAGUAUGGAACAAAAUUAAUUUGGCUACUUCUGCGUCCAGGGUCUACAAAGCUUAAUAAUUUCUUAAAUGAUGAAUUUUUAUAUGCAAUAAAGAGCCAGGUCCUCAGCUGGUCAAUAUUC